AUGACCGUGCUUUUUAUUGCUGCAAUUUCUCCUCGACAAUGCAAAGCGCAGGAGGGAGCCCUUGUCUGGCUGUUGUCGCUUCCACGCCAGCAUGGCGCAUGGCUAUGCACUGAUGCACUGUUAGCUUUGCUGCUGGCUCUGCUGGCACCAGUCAGAGACACUGCUGGGGACCUGCCAACAAGCGGUGAUGACAUCGGCCCCAUUUGGUUUGCGAAAUUGCAAAGGGUGGACACGGCGGAUGCGCCCCGAGUGGAUCGAAGUCCCGCGAUUGUGACCAGCGGGAGGAGAAUCGGUGCUUCGUUGAGUCCUCUCUCGGUUCACGAUGAAAGUUUCAGCCUUCCAGCGGUGAGGCUAGCGCCGACCCCCCCCCCGGCCCUUGGCGGAGACACCAUUCAGCACCUGGAACCCAUGAUUGGGUCCUACCACGGCACUGACGCUGCAGGAUGA